AUGGCUUCGUCCGUGAUCCUUCGUUCAACGUUGCCCAGAACCUUUACUUCUGCCACUGGACGUAAUUCCCUACGAUUCGCAUUGCAAGUGAGAGCGGCAAGCUCGACUACGCAGUAUGUACCAGGCGGACCUAUCUUGAAGGGCACGGUCAACGACCCUACGGAGUUCCCCCCUCCAUCAAGAACGCAUGGCUCAUAUCACUGGGCAUUCGAGCGUCUUCUUGCUGCCUCCCUCGUGCCCAUGACCGCAGCCGCCUUUGUGACCUCUGGUUCAUCCUACCCCGUCUUCGACGGAUUGCUCGGUCUUAGCUUGGUGAUGCACUCUCACAUUGGGUUUGACUCAAUGGUUGUGGACUAUGUGCACAAACGCAAAUUCCCUGUCCUUGGCCCUAUCCUGACCUGGACACUGAGAUCGGCCACGGUCGGUGUGCUCGUUGGCGUCUAUCAGUUCAACACGAAUGACAUUGGUUUGACGGAGUUGAUUGCGAAGGUCUGGACAGCAUAAGAUCAUGUGGACUCCGCGCUACGACAUACUACCAGAGUGUUUAGAAGACAAUAAAGAAUACAAAAAGACUGAGAAUAGUAAAUACUGCCAAUAUUUAACUGGUGACCAGUUCAAACUACGCAGAUGACGCAAAUUCAAAUCGUCAA